AUGAUUGGGGGGAUUUUCCCCGUUUUCAACAAGGACAUAAGUAGCACUUCUACUUUCGAGAGCGAACCAUUUGGAGUGAAGUGUGCACGAUUUGACCUGCGAGCUUUUCGGUGGACCCAAGUGAUGAUAUUUGCAAUUGAAGAAAUCAACAAAGAUUCUGCUCUACUACCAAAUAUAUCUCUUGGCUAUAGGAUUGUCGACUCUUGCUCUUCUCCUACAAAUACACUGCGUGCUGCACUUACACUGGCUAGUAGACCAGAGGAGAUAGAAUUGACUGCACCUUGUCCUCCAGCUAUAUCUGCAGUCAUAGCAGAGGCAGGAUCAUCUCAGUCUUUAGCUGUGGCCGGAGCUCUUGGACCAUUUCAAGUGCCAGUAAGUUACUUCUCAACAUGUGCCUGCCUGAGUGACAGAGCUAAAUAUCCGACGUUUUUUCGAACAAUCCCCAGCGACUACUUCCAGGCAAAAGCUUUGGCAGCAUUGGUCAAACGUUUUGGCUGGCAGUGGAUUGGGGCCAUACAGUCAGACAAUGACUAUGGGCGGAAUGGGAUCCUGGCUUUUACUGAAGAGGUCAGAAAGCUCGGGGUUUGUAUUGCAUUUGUCGGGACAAUUCUACGUACGUACACUAUGGAUAAAAUUCUUGAGGUUGUGGAAAUGAUCAAGCAGUCAACUGCCAAAGUCAUCCUUGCUUUUGUUCCAGAGGGUGACUUUUACCCUUUGAUGAAAGAGGUUGUGAGACAGAACAUUACAGGAAUUCAGUGGAUUGGCAGUGAGGCCUGGAUAACUGCAAAUCAACCUUCCACACCUGAAAUCUACCAAGCUUUUGGUGGAGCCCUAGGAUUUGUGGUGCAAAAGAUGGCUAUUCCGAACCUUAAACCAUUUCUUACAGGUAUUAAUCCUUAUUCUGAUCUAAGUGCAGCAUUUGUGAGGGACUUCUGGAAAAUUAUGGUCACUGAUCAUCUACAAAGGGUCAAUUUUAGGAAUCUAUUUGGGGAUAAUAUCUUUUUUGAUGUCAAUGGUGACCCUCCUGCUUCUUAUGAUGUUAUUAACUGGCAGCUGAUAGAUGGGCAAGUUCCGACAUCGGUGUGUGCUAAUGUUUGUCCAGUAGGAACCAGGAAAGCUCAAAUAAAGGGAAAACCACCCUGCUGUUUUGACUGUAUCACAUGUGCUGAUGGAACGAUAGCCAACUUGACAGCUGACUGCACCCCCUGUCCACAGGAAUACUGGUCUAAUGACAGAAAAGAUGAGUGUGUUCCUAGAACAAUUGAAUUCCUAACAUAUCACGAGCCGAUGGGAAUAGCUAUCACAGUUGUAUCCCUGCUGGGGGCCUCCCUGGCGCUGGCCACAAUGAUGAUCUUUAUCCGCUACAGAGAAACUCCCGUGAUAAAAGCCAGCAACUCAGAGCUGAGCUGUUUCCUCUUGUUUUCUCUGUUUUUGUGUUUUCUCUGUCCCCUCACGUUCAUCGGCAGACCCACAGUCUGGACGUGCAUGCUGCGCCACACAGCUUUUGGUGUGACAUUUGCACUUUGCAUUUCCUGUGUCUUGGGAAAAACUAUUGUUGUUGUUACAGCUUUCAAAGCCACAGUUCCUGGCAACAAAGUUGCAGGAAAUUUUGGUCCUGCACAGCAAAGGAUCAUAGUUUGCUCCUGUACUUUGAUUCAAAUAGUGAUUUGUGUGUUGUGGCUCAAGUUAAACCCACCAUUCCCAGACAUGGUUUUCAAAUACAGCAAUAAGAAGAUCAUUUUAGAAUGUAACACAGGCUCUGAGGCUGCUUUCUAUGCAGUUCUGGGGUACAUAGGGAUCCUCGCAAUAAUAUGUUUGGUCCUGGCAUUUCUAGCAAGAAAGUUGCCUGAUAACUUCAAUGAAGCUAAAUUUAUCACUUUCAGCAUGCUGAUAUUUUGCGCUGUCUGGAUCACCUUUAUCCCAGCGUACGUCAGCUCUCCUGGGAAGUUCACUGUAGCUGUGGAAAUAUUUGCAAUUUUAUCUUCAGCAUUUGGCUUAUUAAUUAGCAUUUUUGCACCUAAAUGCUACAUAAUAUUGAUCAAGCCAGAGACAAAUACCAAGAAACAUGUCAUGGGGAAAACGGUGAACAAAAGCUUAUGA